AUGCGGCCUUUCGACAAUGCCGUUGGCGCGAGAAUUAUACCCCGAUAUUCGAAUGUGCGAAAUGUGAUACUUCUUGGCGAGAUGGGUGAGAGCUUUGACGAAGGCUGGCCCGUUAUCGGAAACGAUCUCGACGAGGGUGCCCCAGCGACAGAGAAUAUCCUCGAAGAUCCAGUUGGCGAGGGCGGCGCUGGUCUCGUUGCGGAACUCGGGAUAGUGCGAUAUCGAGCAUCGACCUUGAACAAGGUAUCGGAAGCCUCCUGCCGUCGGCAUGUGCAUCGUGUCCAUAUACAUUUUGGCGAAGAGAGGCGCCGGCGAUGUGACGACUGGAGGGAUCAAGACAUUGCGUGUUUGUCGAAUCUGGCAGAGAUGACAUGA